ACCACAGUUGCUCCAACAACCACAACUGUUGCUCCAACGACCACAACAGUUCCUCCAACCACAACAACUGCUGCUCCAACAACCACAACUGCUGCUUCAACGACCACAACUGUUGCUCCAACAACCACAACAGUUUUUCCAACGACUACCACAGUUGCUCCAACAACCACAACAGUUCUUCCAACGACUACCACAGUUGCUCCAACAACCACAACUUUUGCUACAACGACUACAACAGUUCUUUCAACAACUACCACAGUUGCUCCAAAAACUACAACUGUUGCUCCAACGACCACAAAAGUUCCUCCAACAACUACCACAGUUGCUCCAACAACCACAACUAUUGCUCCAACGACCACAACAAUUCUUCCAACAAUUACCACAGUUGCCCCAAAAACCACAACUGUUGCUCCAACAACCACAACAAUUCUUCCAACGACUACCACAGUUGCUUUAACAACCACAAUUGUUGCUCCAACAACCACAACAGUUCCUCCAACAACUACCACAGUUGCUCCAACCACAACAACUUCUGCUCCAACAACCACAACUGCUGCUCCAACAACCACAACUGCUGCUCCAACGACCACAACUGUUGCUCCAACAACCACAACAGUUUUUCCAACGACUACCACAGUUGCUCCAACAACCACAACUGUUGCUCCAACGACAACAACAGUUCCUCCAACCACAACAACUGCUGCUCCAACAACCACAACUGCUGCUCCAACGACCACAACUGUUCACAACAGUUCCUCCAACAACUACCGCAGAUGCUCCAACAACCAGAACUGUUGCUCCAACCACCACAACAGUUCCUCCAACAACUAG